CACACACACACACAAGAAUGAUUUUAUUUAGUUUUUUAUUGUUUUGCUCUUUUCUAAACGAUGCACAGCAAGAGAAACACUUCCUCCACUACAAGUUUACAGUUCUGACCAAAGCAGACACAUUGCCAGAGUUCAGUGCUGUGUGUGUUUAUGACGACAGACGGAUCGCUUACUUCAGUAAUGAAGAACGAGUCUGGAUAAAAGAGACUGUACACGACUGGACAAAUACACCUGAGGAACCGGCUGACUCAAAAGACUUUAUCAUACAUCAGAUCAGGACUCUGUCAGACUGCACAGACUCACUGUGUUCUGAUCAUGUUCUUCAGAGAAUGAUUGGCUGUGAACUGGAGAAACUUCCUGAUGGAUCAGUGAAUCCGACUGUCUUUGAUGAUUAUGGAUUUGAUGGAGAAGAUCUUAUAUCCUUUAAUUAUGACACUAUGCAGUGGAUUGAUAAAAACCCCAAAGCCAAAGAAACAAAAAAGAUAUGGGAUCGUCUCACAGAACGAAACCAGUUCCUCAAACAUUACCUGAAGACCUGCACUGACUGGAUCUCAACGUUUCACAACACAAAACAGAUUCCACCAGAAGUUCACGCUUUUGUGCCGAAACUUUCUGAUGAUGACAGUAAACUGGUUCUGGUCUGUCUGGCCACUGGUUUCUACCCCAGAGAUGUUCAGAUGUACAUUAGAAGGAACAAAUACAUUGUUGAGGAUCAAACAUCUUCUGGAAUCAGACCAAAUACUGAUGAAACCUUUCAGAAGAGAAUCAUUGUGAAGAUCGACAGAAACCAUGAAGGAUCUUAUGACUGUCAGGUCACUCACAGCAGUCUGACUCAAUCACGACCAGUUUUAACAGUGUGGAGUAAAUAUCAACAUACAUUUUGUUGUGAUUAUGAUUUAAAUAUCCAUUAUGCACUAAUUCAGCUUCUACAGUUAGCCUAUAACAUGAAGAUUGAAUACUAA